CGUCGAAAUAAACCAGCAGGAAAUACUCCUGCUGCUACUCGAACCAGCGGCUCGCCUCUUCUCUUCUCCUCUCCUGUCCUCUCCCCUUCCUCGCUCAGGCAGGGGACGACGCGCCCCCAACGGAACUGCUGCUACUCCCCAGCAGAGAGCAGAGAGGAGAAGACGAGAAGAUCCCAUCCACUACCGCCCGCUCGCCGUCCUCCUCCCUUCUCGCCGCGCCGCUCCGGUUCCGCCCGCUCUGCCGCUUGCUCGGCGCAGGUCGCCUCGGAUUUUAUUCCCCCACGCCGCCAUCCGUCUCCGGGCUUGCGUGGAUCGAAAUGGGCACCUGCGUGUCCAAGGCCGCCUGCUGCUGCCGCAAGCCGAACAACGGGGUUACCCACGAGAAGACUGAUACUGUGACGGAGGACGAGGAGGCAUACGACCUGCCUGCGUUCCAGGAGUUCACCUUCGAGCAGUUGCGGCUAGCUACAUCAGGGUUUGCGGUGGAGAACAUCGUGUCUGAGCACGGUGAGAAGGCGCCCAAUGUGGUAUACAAGGGGAAGCUCGAUGCCCAGCGCCGCAUUGCUGUCAAGCGCUUCAACCGCUCUGCCUGGCCUGACCCACGCCAGUUCAUGGAAGAAGCUAGAUCAGUUGGCCUGCUCCGAAGCAAAAGGUUAGCAAAUUUGCUUGGUUGUUGCUGUGAAGGUGAUGAGAGAUUGCUUGUUGCAGAAUACAUGCCCAAUGAUACGCUAGCAAAACAUCUUUUCCACUGGGAGUCACAAUCAAUGAAGUGGACCAUGAGACUAAGGGUUGUUCUCUGUCUUGCUGAGGCUUUAGAAUAUUGCACCAACAGGGGCCGUGCUCUCUACCAUGAUCUCAAUGCCUAUAGAGCUCUGUUUGAUGAUGACUGUAACCCUAGACUUUCCUGUUUUGGCCUCAUGAAGAACAGUCGGGAUGGAAAAAGUUACAGUACCAAUUUGGCAUUUACGCCUCCAGAAUACAUGAGGACUGGACGUAUCACUCCUGAAAGUGUCAUAUACAGCUUUGGAACCUUACUGAUUGACGUUCUUAGUGGGAAGCAUAUUCCUCCUAGCCAUGCCCUUGACCUGAUUCGGGACCGAAACUUAAAUAAGCUCUUAGACUCAUGUUUAGAGGGUCAAUUUUCAAAUGAGGAAGGAACAGAAAUGGUGCGAUUAGCUUCAAGGUGCCUUCACUAUGAACCCCGUGAGCGACCUAAUGUCAGGUCACUUGUGCAAGUAUUGACUCCUCUACAGAGGGAUGUCGAGACUCCAUCUUAUGAGCUGAUGGGCAUUCCGCGUGGCGGUGCAUCUUCUAUCCAACCAUUGCAUCUUUCCCCUCUCGCCGAAGCUUGUUCCAGAAAGGAUCUGACAGCAAUACAUGAAAUUCUAGAAAAGACGGGCUACAAGGAUGAUGAGGGGACUGCAAAUGAGCUCUCGUUUCAGAUGUGGACAAAUCAGAUGCAAGAUACAUUGAACUCAAAAAAGAAGGGUGACAAUGCUUUUCGACAGAAGGAUUUUACUACUGCCAUUGAUUGCUAUUCCCAGUUCAUUGAAGUUGGUACAAUGGUUUCUCCAACCAUUUAUGCUCGACGCUGCCUGUCAUAUCUGAUGAAUGGCAUGCCACAGGAGGCAUUGAAUGAUGCAAUGAAUGCUCUGGUAAUAUCUCCGACAUGGUCAACAGCAUUCUAUCUUCAGGCAGCAGCACUAUUAUCACAAGGCAUGGAGAAUGAAGCCCAAGAAGCACUCAGGGAUGGUUGUAGCUUAGAGCAAAGUAGCAGUGGUGGACAUUGAGUGUGACAAAUUUGUAGUCCCCAAAAUGCACAUAAUUUCAGGUGCUUGUUUGAAGAGAGUAUUAUUGGCUAUGGAAGCAGUUGUCAAUUUGUCAAUUUGGCUAGGGGUUCGUUAACCUUCUUCAGAUUUUGUGCGUGUGGAACGUCGUCCGUCGUCCAUAUCUUCAGGUAGGAUGUACAUAUGGAAGAAAGCGACAACAGAGGCUCUGAAAGAGAGGACAAAGACAUCCAAGGUGAAUAAGUGCCGCAGACAGCAAAUUAAUGGGGAGAAGAAAGUGAAACUUUUUUCUUGGUCCUACUGAAACAAAAGAAGGAAACCGUAAAAAAAAGGGGGAUUGCUGAUGUACAUGUACAUCUUUGCUGGUGGUAGGUGCGUAAACCUGUACAGCAAGCGUUGUUUUUACCCUGGCUUUGUUCUUCGUUUCUUAUGCGUUAGCUCCCAUUGGUAUAUUUCUGGAUAAGAUAGUGGAAUUCUUUUAAAAGGCAAAAAAUGUCGGCGUUCUGGUUGUUCUAUUUCUUCAUCUUCAUGACUUCAACGCUUGAACCCCUUGCUCCAGAUAAUUUUUGUGGGAGUACUAAUGUGUGGUAUUCAUAUGCUAGUUAACUGCCA